CAGAAUUAAAUUAUUAUGAAAUCCGUUCUCAAAAUAUCACUUAUAUUAAUAUAUUCUAUAUUAUCUGUGAUGGCCAAAGGUGGAGGAGGUGGAAGAGGAGGGGGUGGGGGUGGUGGAAGUAGAGGCGGAGGAGGUGGUUCUAGUGGUAAUAGAGGUGGUACUGGUAAUAGUGGAUCUAAUACUGGAGGAAGAGGCAUUGCAGGUACAGGAAGCACACCUGGUAGUGUCUCAUCAAAAGGUGGAAGAGGAGGAUUUGGUGGACCACCACCCUAUCAAUAUUCGAAUACAAGAUCAACUUACACGAAUUAUGCACCAGUCUAUUCUGGCGGUUAUUCAGCCACAUCACGUUACGGCUAUUAUGGGUUUUAUAAUCCUGCAUUAACCUAUUUUUGGAUUGCUCCACCCUUUUUAUUCCUUGGUUAUCAUUCAAUGUAUCAUCGUUACAACUCAGAAUCAGGAUAUUAUUAUGCCCCUCAAAUCACAAGUAGUGGCAGUAAUACAAAUAAUGUCAUUAUCAAUGGCACUACUAAUUCAGGCAAAGAUGACAAUUACCAUUACACAUUUAAUAUUAGCACCCAUAAUCGUUUCCCCAUGAUAGAUCAUGCUUUUUAUUCUUCGUCUGAUCCAAAUUCUGAAAUAGCAGAUUUUGUAUAUAGAUUACAAUUUUCUCAACUUGUUGAGUUUAACGAUACUAAUCAAAACGGAUUUUAUGAUGCCAAUGAACCAAUUUUGUCGUUUACUUCACUUCAAGACUUGGCUUGGUCCGUUUUCCAAGUCUCUAAUAUUACUGUCCCCACUAAUGCUACGCAAUCUUACCUUCAGACAGAAACAAGAGCGAUUGCCUCUUAUAACAAUACCAACACUAACUUUACAGUUCACAUCACCUAUCGAAUGAGCAAUGUACAAAUCAAUAAUACAGCAUCUAUACCUAUGCAACCCAACUCGCUUGAAUAUGAUUUUGCUCUUGAAGGAUUCCCUACACUAAUUUCUAAUGCCCAUCCAAAUGCUCGUCUUGCUAUCCUUCAAGUUCUUUCAACUCAUUUAGAUGAAACAAUUCAAACUGAUAUUAAUACCACUACGCCAGUUGAUAUUGCAAAUCAGAUCAAGACUAAUGUAACGUAUGGAUUAUCUGUAGGCAAUUUUACACAGGGACGAUUAGAGUAUCAACCUACUGUCAAUAUUACACCUAUAGUUACAAUAGGACAAUAUGAUGCUCAAGCUUUAGCAUCCAUUCCUGCAUAUAGUAACAAUGAUUUAGUUUGGGGUUCUGAUGUGCCUGCCUCCAAUAGAAAUAAUAAGAUAAUUUUGGUAACUAUUCCUGGAUAUUCAGCAAAUAACAGUAAUAAUAAUUUGUCGGUUUCUGGAUUUGGAUAUUUGAAUGUUGAAGUUAUGAAUGCACUUGCUAGUAGUGGUAGUAGCCUUUCAUUAUCGCUUUCAGCCAUUAAUUGUUUAUUAGCACUUGUAGUAGCUGCCUACUUUAUGAUUUAUUAAAAACAAGUAUGCUAGUUUUAUUUUUAUUUUAUUUUUUUUUAUUUUAUUUUAUUUUUUGAUGAACAUUAAAAUAUAUUAAAUACAUAAAAUUAUGCUAAUAA